AUGGGUAACUUUUUCAGUUCUAUGUUCGAUAGACUAUGGGGUGUGGAUAAAGAGUUGCGUAUACUUAUUUUGGGUCUCGAUGGUGCUGGUAAAACUACCAUAUUGUACCGUUUGCAGAUAGGAGAGGUGAUAACGACAAAGCCAACAAUUGGUUUUAACGUGGAGACCUUAAAUUACAAAAAUUUAAAGCUAAACGUCUGGGAUCUUGGUGGACAGACUUCUAUUAGACCUUACUGGCGUUGCUACUACGCAAACACAGCAGCAGUUAUUUUUGUUGUUGAUUCAACAGACAAAGAUCGUAUGAAUAUAGCUUCAAAGGAAUUGCACUUAAUGCUACAAGAAGAAGAGCUACAAGAUUCAGCACUACUUGUUUUUGCAAACAAACAAGAUCAGCCGGGGGCACUGAGCGCUUCUGAAGUUUCAAAGGAAUUGAAUUUGGCCGAACUAAAAGAUAGAAGUUGGAGUAUAGUUGCUUCCAGCGCUAUCAAGGGUGAGGGUAUUACCGAAGGUUUAGAUUGGUUGAUUGAUGUUAUAAAGGAGGAGCAGAUGUAA